AUGUCUGCAAUCACCGCAUGCCACCGCGGUAGAAGCAAGGCCGCAGUGUUGCAAGUCAACGGCGGCGCGAGCAUGGGAUCUUCCUCCACCGGGAUCGAAGAGCUCCGAAUACGCCUGGCGCAGAGAAUCCUGGAGCUGGCAUCGCUGCCGUAUCGCUUGGGGGAACGGCGAGGCAUCCGGGAUGUGAUCGAGUGGUACACGGACUUCAUGCACCUGCUGGAGGACUCGCCCAGCCCGACAACGGAGGACCUGGACGAAGAGUUUACCAACCUCCUGACACGGAUCUUCGAGGAGCACUCGGAGGUCAUCCAAGCCAUGGCUUUCGGGGUGCAGGACCUCAUCCACGAGCUCCAGGAGGACUAUGCAUCCGUGCAGGUGGAAGUCGAUGCAAUACUGCGUCGCUUCUUCACUGCUCGCAUUGGGAUGCGCUUUCUGAUUCAGCACCACAUCGAGUCGUUUAGGAACCGCGAGGGCCAUUCUGGGAUCCUGCAGAUCGAGUGCGACCCUUCCAUUAUCGCACAGAAGGCAGCCAAAGAUAGCUCCAUGCUCUGCAGGGCACACAAGGGCCAGGCUCCGCCCAUCAAGAUUCAUCAUACAAACCCUGGCACGUUCACCUACGUGCCAAUGCACCUCCACUACAUGCUUGUGGAGGUCUUCAAGAACUCCUGCCGUGCAGUCGUCGAGCGCCACGCUGAGGGCUUUGACGACCUGCUCCCAGCCAUCCACUGCCACAUCGUCCACGGCAACGAGGACGUGACGAUCCGAGUAAGCGACGAAGGGGGCGGCAUCGCUCGCGACAAGCUUCCUAACAUCUGGAAGUGCCUCGGAGUCACCAAGCACAGUUGCAUCCGCAUCACUUGGCGCUCUCUGAAGUCUGUGCGAACUGUGGACUCUGCGUGGACACUUCAAGCCAAGGCCCGAAACAGGGCGGUGUGCUCGCGGGGCAUCUCGGCUGAGUUCGGCGUGGGCCUCACACUGGGCCGUUUGUAUGCGCAGUACUUCGGGGGCGACCUGAAGAUCUUGUCUCUGGAUGGCUUUGGCACCGAUGUGUUUCUGCACCUCAAUCGUCUGGGCACAGCUUGCGAAGACCUGCCGCAGGCCCCCCCACAUGCGAACAAGUUCCGAGGGUGUUUUGCUUCUACGUAUUCCGUGAUAUUGGGGUUGGUUCGUUUGAGAGCUCAGGUUUGGGGGAUGUGGGGAUGA